AUGGCUUCGCACGAUUAUUACAAUGGCGGCAGCCAACAGCCCCCCUACGGAGCUCCUCAACACUCCUCGCCUUACUACCAAAACCACGAUACUCCUUCGCCGCAGCCAACACCAGCGCCGCCCUACGAGCAAAAUUCGUACAAUCCAAACUACGCUCCCGACACCUCUAUCUAUCCUGCCGACUCUACCACACACAUUGUUCCGACCAAGCAGACACCAUAUUCACCUAACGAUAUACAAUAUAAUCCAUCGGCGGCUUAUGGUAGUCCCUCUGGCCAGCACAACCAGCCUGGUCAAACUGGUCAGUCUCCUUUCGACACCGUCUUUGACGAUCAUGUAUACCCAGCGAACCCGAACGCGGGCCCGACUCCCGGCUCCAGUACGGCUGACAUUGGGCAACAAGGCUUCUAUCAGGAUACGAGCUAUCACGGUGGAGCCACAGAUGCAGCUGGGCGGCCUUACGGCCAAGAGGAUAUUCCUCUUCAAGACCGGACUCCAAAGAAUGACGACGUUGAAAUGAAUGAUCACGUUUACGAUGCCCCUGGACGACCUAAGAAGAAGAGCAAGAAGGGUAAGGUCCGCCUCGGUGAACUUGGCAUGAUUGGGUCCGACAAGAAGAGAAUCCCCUGGGUCGUUUACCUCUUUUCUGUCAUCCAAGUUGCCGUUUUCAUUGCGGAAAUCGCCCGAAUGGGUAUAUUGACGGGAACACCAAUUGCGAUCAAGCCUCAGUUCAACGUCUUUAUCGGUCCAUCUCCAGGUCUACUCAUCAAUAUGGGCGCUCGAUACGCACCUUGUAUGCGUAACGUCAAGGGUAUCCAGAGUGUUGACAAGAGCAAAGAUGGUGCCAUUAUUCCUGGCCUUCUAUGCCCGAACGCUACCACGUCCGAUAGUUUUUGUCCUCUCCAUGUUGUGUGUGGUUUCGGCGGCGACGUCCCCGAUCCUAAAUUCAACGGCGAUAUCAACCAGAGCCCCGAGCCUAAUCAGUGGUACCGAUUUAUCACGUCGAUCUUUAUGCACGCCGGCCUUAUUCAUAUUGUCUUCAACCUCCUUCUGCAGCUCACGAUUGCGAAAGAGAUGGAAAUGGCUAUCGGACCAGUCCGAUUUUUACUGGUCUAUAUGAGUGCUGGAAUCUUUGGCAACAUCAUGGGUGGGAAUUACGCGCCUCCAGGGCAGCCAUCGGUUGGUGCUUCUGGUGCCCUCUUUGGUAUUAUUGCUCUAGUUCUCCUUGAUCUCCUCUACUCUUGGAAGGACAGACGCAACCCAGUCAAAGACCUCCUCUUUAUCAUUCUCGACAUGGUGAUCGCCUUUGUGCUUGGGCUUUUGCCCGGUUUGGACAACUUUGUACAUAUUGGUGGUUUUUUGAUGGGACUCUCCCUCGGUGUUUGUGUUCUGCACUCGCCUAACUCGCUGCGACGACGAAUGGGCGAUGGGCUGUCUUAUGCAGCCGUAUCUCCCCAGACGGGCGAGACGCCCCCUCACUUCUUCAAGAACCCUGUUGGUUUCUUCAAAGGACGAAAGCCACUCUGGUGGGCUUGGUGGCUCGUUCGAGUAGCCUUCCUCGUUAUGAUCAUUAUUGUUUUCGUCGUUCUCCUCAAUAACUUCUACAAGUACCACGACACCUGUGAGUGGUGCAAGUACUUGAACUGCCUUCCUAUUAAUGACUGGUGUGAGUGGGGAUCUUUCGAGAAUCUCAAGCCCGCCUAA